CUCACCAAUGAAAUACAACCGCUCCUAACAGUCGGAUUUCUCAGAAACACAGAAACACGGUAGGACAGAGAGCGAGAAAAUGGGUCAUGGGAGCUCGAAACCAGACUGCUUAGACUCUGCGGAUGCUACAAAUGGGUCGAAACCCUCGCGUACCUCCCGACUCCGGCAACGAUUCCGCAGGCUGCGCCGCCGCUGCAGUGGCAGCGGUGGUGGUUCGGGUUCGCAUUCUGAACUCAAACUCAUCACUUCCCAGGAUUUCGCCGGAAUCGCUCUCAUAGAACUCAUCGGCGCGGAGAUGGGGUUUAAGGACAAGUGGCUUGCUUGUCUUUCGUUGGGAGAGCAGACGUUUCGGACUACAAUUUCGGAUCAUACGGACAAGCCUGUGUGGAAAUCUGAGAAGAAAGUUCUUUUGGAAACAAAUGGUCCUCAUAUUGCCCGUAUAUCUGUCUUUGAGACAAAUAGAUUGUCAAAGAAUAAUCUGAUUGGAUAUUGUGAGAUUGAUCUGUUUGAAGUUCUCACUCAGGAUUCAGACUCUGACAUUGAGGUACUCAGCCUGUUAGAUCCAUCAUCAUCUAACACAAUUGUGGGGAAAAUUUCUAUUUCAUGCUCUGUUGAGGACCCAAUUGAAACUGAAAAAGGGUUUGCAAGACGCAUUUUAUCUAUAGUGGAUUAUAAUGAAGAUGGCCAGCUCUCCUUCUCUGAGUUCUCUGACUUGAUUAAUGCAUUUGGGAAUCAAGUGGCAGCAACCAAGAAAGAGGAUCUUUUUAGAGAAGCUGACAAGAAUGGUGAUGGUGUUGUUAGCAUGGAUGAGUUGGCGACCCUUCUUGCUAUUCAACAAGAAAAGGAAUCAAUUAUCAGUAGCUGUCCUGUUUGUGGCGAGAUUCUUGACAAUUCUGACAUGCUCAACAAUAUGAUUCAUUUGACUUUAUGUUUUGAUGAGGGGACUGGGAAUCAGGUCAUGACUGGAGGAUUCUUAACUGAUAAACAGGCUUCAUAUGGGUGGAUGUUCAAACUAAGUGAAUGGGUCCAUUUUUCAUCAUAUGACGUAGGUCUAAACUCUGGAUCAAGUGCUUCACAUAUUUUGGUUUUUGACCGGAGGACAAAGAGGCUAGUGGAAGAACUAAUUGAUGGAAAGAUUGUUUUAUCAAUGAGAGCCAUAUAUCAGUCAAAAGUAGGGCUUGGCCUUAUUGACAAAGGGGCUAAAGAACUUUUGCAGAGCAUCUCUGAGAAACAAGGAAAGCGGAUGAGUUCAGUUGAAUCUUCUAAAGAUAUACCAAAGUUCAUUGAAUUUUUCAAGGAUCAAAUCAAAAUUGAUGAGAUGAAGCAUCCAAUAGAACAUUUUAAGACAUUUAAUGAGUUUUUCAUAAGAGAGUUAAAGCCUGGUGCAAGACCAAUCGCAAACAAGGAAUCUGAUAAUGUUGCUAUAUGUGCUGCUGAUAGUCGUCUAAUGGCAUUUAAAUCAGUUGAAGACAGUUUAAGAUUAUGGAUUAAGGGUCGAAAAUUUUCCAUUCAAGGUCUUCUAGGAAAAGAUGUAUCCAGUAGUGCUUUUAUCCAUGGAACCCUGGUGAUAUUUCGAUUGGCACCACAGGAUUAUCAUCGUUUCCAUCUUCCAGUUUCUGGAACCAUUGAGCAGUUUGUCAACAUUCCAGGAUGCUUGUAUACUGUGAAUCCAAUAGCUGUGAAUAGUAAAUACUGUAAUGUAUUCACUGAGAAUAAGCGAGUUGUGUCUAUUAUUUCAACUGCAGACUUUGGAAAGGUGGCAUUCAUUGCAAUUGGAGCAACAAUGGUUGGAAGCAUCACCUUCACUAAAAGGGAAGGUGACUUUGUCAAGAAAGGAGAUGAGUUUGGAUAUUUCUCAUUUGGAGGAAGUACUGUGAUUUGCAUCUUUGAAAAGGAUGCCAUAGAGAUAGAUGAAGACCUCCUUGCGAACAGUGAAAGGUCACUUGAGACCUUGGUUUCAGUUGGAAUGAAGUUGGGCGUCUCAAGAAAGGAACAAGCAGAAACAGACCUGCCAUGUUUUGAAAACUGUGUACUGAGGGAUUGAAAGAGAGCUGACACUUCUUGGUGUCACUGGAAGAUGUCUGUAGUGGUUGCUUAGAAAUCAGAGUAGUAAAAAAAUGCCUAAUAUCCAUUCCAAACCUUGUAAUAUAGCAUUCUAUACAAACUCUGUUAUCAUUAUGUUACAUUGGCGUCACCCAAAAAAAAAGUUUUAACUUGUUACUUCUA